CUCUCGACUCGGUUUAAAACAGACCCUCCCGAAGGUCUUUUUUUUUUUUUUUUCGGUAAUGGUGUUCGGAGCCGAACGCCUGACAGGAAGGGAGGGGUGCGGCAGGGAGGUGUCCAUAAAGACGGGGGGACUUUCAACCUUCCGAGCACCUGGAGAGAUCUCCCUGCGAGGAAAAAAGCAGGAUUAACCUCUUAUAAAUGCAGAGAGGUUGCUGCCGUCUAGAAGUGAGGAGGGGCUGAGGUGUUUAAGCCGGUGGGUCAAGCCGCAGCAAGUAUUUCGGCUGACCAAGGCUGUGGUGGCAGGGAGCAAAGCCCCAUCUGUUGUUUCAUUGUUUGUUUGUUUAUUCCUCCUCCUCCUCACGCCUCUCGCUCCCCCUCCUCCCCGCUUAAAUCCAGGGACCAUUCACGCCUCUUGCAAAUGAGACUUGGGCGAUGCUGAGCGAGCAGCGUGUUGCAUGGCGUGUGUGUGUGUGCAUGCAUGCGCGGGGGAAGGAUUCUCGGUGCUCAGCGUUUGCCUGUGAUCAGAAGAAAACAGGAUGUGCCCAUAGCUGGAGGAGUGACAAUGCUAGCCGAGUGGGGCUCACCUGCUGGUGAUCUUUGCAGAGGCAUUUGAGGAUUAUUCAGCUCCAGAAGGUCUGUUGCGAGGAAUGCUAUCUCUGCCGUGGCUGAAAAUAGGAGGUGCCUACCUCUACCCGUCUUGAUUGCUGCUACCGAAAGGACUGCUUUGACACCACCGUAGGAAGGAACGAUUGCUCCCACAGACAAGGUUAUGAGGAUUAUGAUCACGUGCGCAGCUCCGCAUAGCCGUCUACCUGGAGAUGAUGGCGACUCCUUAGAGAAUACAUACAAACUCCUGGUUAAUCAUCAGCAUUCUGCUCCUUUUAUCUAAAAGAUUUAACUGCUUUUCACCAGCUCUCCGUUUUUUUUUUUUGUUGUUGUUGCACCAUGUUGUCUCUACCAGCCUAAACCAUUUCCUAAAAUGAUCCUUUUGUUGUUCCUUGCAAUCCUGUUAUUGAAGGAAGAUGUCUGUGGGAACGUUGGGCUUUUGGUUUCUGCACAGGCCAAUGAAAGAAGGGUAGUAGCACACAUGCCUGGUGAUAUUAUCAUUGGAGCUCUGUUCUCUGUCCACCAUCAACCAACAGUUGACAAGGUUCAUGAAAGGAAAUGUGGAGAGGUAAGAGAGCAGUAUGGCAUUCAAAGAGUGGAGGCAAUGCUACAUACCCUUGACAGAAUUAAUUUGGACCCCACACUGUUGCCAAAUAUCACACUAGGAUGUGAAAUAAGGGACUCUUGCUGGCAUUCUGCUGUGGCCCUGGAGCAGAGCAUUGAGUUUAUAAGGGACUCUCUUAUUUCAUCAGAAGAAGAGGAAGGGAUGGUGCGAUGUGUGGAUGGAUCUUCAUCAUCUUUCCGCUCCAAGAAACCUAUUGUUGGUGUCAUUGGCCCUGGCUCUAGCUCAGUUGCUAUCCAGGUACAGAACUUGUUGCAGCUUUUCAAUAUACCUCAGAUUGCUUAUUCUGCUACAAGCAUGGACCUAAGUGACAAAACUCUGUUCAAGUAUUUUAUGAGAGUUGUGCCAUCUGAUGCACAGCAAGCACGGGCUAUGGUGGACAUUGUCAAGCGCUAUAACUGGACCUAUGUUUCUGCUGUACAUACUGAAGGAAACUAUGGUGAAAGUGGAAUGGAAGCUUUCAAAGAUAUGGCAGCUAAGGAAGGGAUCUGCAUUGCACAUUCCUACAAGAUCUAUAGCAAUGCUGGUGAACAGAGCUUUGACAAGUUGCUGCGAAAGCUCCGGAGCCACCUGCCCAAGGCAAGAGUGGUUGCCUGCUUCUGUGAAGGCAUGACUGUGAGAGGGCUCUUAAUGGCUAUGAGGCGCCUGGGACUUGCUGGAGAAUUUUUGCUGCUGGGCAGUGAUGGCUGGGCAGACAGGUACGAUGUGACAGAUGGGUAUCAGCGUGAAGCCGUUGGUGGAAUAACGAUCAAGCUCCAGUCUCCUGACGUGAAAUGGUUUGAUGAUUACUACCUGCAGCUUCGGCCAGAAACCAAUCACCGAAAUCCAUGGUUUCAGGAAUUUUGGCAGCACAGGUUCCAGUGCCGUUUGGAAGGGUUUCCUCAAGAGAACCCUAAAUACAACAAGACUUGCACAAGCCAGAUGACUCUGAGAACGCAGCACGUUCAGGACUCCAAGAUGGGCUUUGUAAUCAAUGCGAUAUACUCGAUGGCAUAUGGCCUCCACAAUAUGCAGCUGUCGCUGUGUCCGGGCUAUGUAGGCCUCUGUGACGCCAUGAAGCCCAUUGAUGGCCGGAAGCUCCUGGAGUCCCUCAUGAAGACCAACUUUACUGGGGUCUCUGGGGACAUGAUCCUGUUUGAUGAGAAUGGUGACUCACCGGGGAGAUACGAAAUCAUGAAUUUUAAGAAAAUGGGGAAAGACUACUUUGAUUAUAUCAAUGUUGGCAGCUGGGACAAUGGUGAGCUGAAAAUGGAUGAUGAUGAAAUAUGGUCAGAGAAAAAUAAUAUCAUCAGAUCUGUGUGCAGUGAACCCUGUGAAAAAGGCCAGAUAAAGGUGAUCCGUAAAGGAGAAGUCAGUUGCUGUUGGACCUGCACCCCUUGUAAAGAGAAUGAGUACGUCUUUGAUGAAUACACAUGCAAGGCCUGCCAGCUCGGCUCCUGGCCCAAUGAUGAACUUACAGGUUGUGACCUCAUCCCAGUCCAGUAUCUCAGAUGGGGUGAUCCUGAACCAAUUGCAGCAGUUGUUUUUGCAUGCCUGGGUCUGCUGGCCACCUUGUUUGUUACAGCUAUAUUCAUAAUGUACCGCGAUACUCCAGUGGUCAAAUCAUCCAGCCGAGAACUUUGCUAUAUCAUUCUAGCUGGCAUCUGCUUGGGUUACUUGUGCACUUUCUGUCUCAUCGCAAAGCCUCAACAGAUUUACUGUUAUCUUCAACGAAUUGGCAUAGGUCUCUCCCCAGCUAUGAGUUAUUCUGCUCUAGUAACUAAAACUAACCGCAUUGCAAGAAUCCUGGCUGGCAGCAAGAAGAAAAUUUGUACAAAGAAACCUAGGUUCAUGAGUGCCUGUGCCCAACUGGUUAUUGCAUUUAUUUUGAUAUGUAUACAAUUAGGCAUAAUUGUUGCCCUCUUUAUAAUGGAGCCACCUGAUAUAAUGCAUGAUUACCCAAGCAUCCGAGAGGUCUACCUGAUUUGUAACACCACCAACUUGGGUGUUGUAACUCCCCUUGGAUAUAAUGGAUUAUUAAUUUUGAGUUGCACCUUUUAUGCAUUUAAGACAAGAAAUGUCCCAGCUAAUUUCAACGAAGCGAAGUAUAUUGCCUUUACAAUGUAUACCACCUGCAUCAUUUGGCUGGCUUUUGUGCCAAUAUAUUUUGGAAGCAACUACAAGAUAAUCACCAUGUGUUUCUCAGUGAGUCUGAGUGCCACGGUGGCCCUUGGCUGUAUGUUUGUGCCCAAGGUCUAUAUCAUCCUUGCUAAGCCUGAAAGGAAUGUACGCAGCGCGUUCACCACAUCGACUGUGGUCCGCAUGCACGUAGGGGAUGGAAAGUCAUCUUCGGCUGCAAGCCGGUCAAGCAGCCUGGUGAACCUGUGGAAAAGAAGGGGAUCAUCUGGUGAAACCCUUAGGUACAAAGGCAGGAGACUGGCCCCGCACAAGUCGGAAAUAGAAUGUUUCACCCCAAAAGGGAGUAUGGGGAAUGGUGGGAGAGCUACAAUGACCAGUGAAGAAUCUGUUUGCAUUCCAGAGAGUAAUCGGUCUGAGUCAAGUAGAGAUGAGAAAGAGGUUCCUGUUAAAGAGGAUGCCCUAACAGGCAAAAAGACUGGAAACUGUGUCAGUCUAAUAGUGCCACAGCAAGACUGUCAGCUGCAAGACCUACUCAAACACUCUAAUGGGAAAUCAGUUUCCUGGGCCCAGAAUGAGAAAAGCAGCAGAGGAGCACACCUUUGGCAGAGGCUAUCAAUCCACAUCAACAAAAAAGAGAACCCCAAUCAAACUGCAGUGAUCAAGCCUUUCUCAAAAAGCACAGAUAGUAGCCGACACAGUAGCAGUGCUACAUUUCCCGAGUCCAGUGCCAAAACACUUUAUGAUGUUUCAGAAGCAGAAGAGCAAUACCCAGCUCAGUACAGACCACAGACUCCCUCACCUGUCAGCACCGUGAGCCACAGAACUGCUUCUGUUAGCCGAACAGAAGAUGAUGCCCCUACUUUCCAGUCAGAGCCUCCUCAGCGAAGUAGCUCCUCUCAAGGCUCCCUCAUGGAGCAGAUCAGUAGUGUGGUUACUCGUUUUACAGCCAAUAUCAGUGAGCUGAACUCUAUGAUGCUUUCAACAGCCACUCCAGGGACAAUGGUGGCCACUCCUCUCUGCUCUUCAUACCUGAUUCCACGGGAAAUCCAGCUCCCUACAACGAUGACCACGUUUGCAGAGAUCCAGCCACUUCCUUCCAUUGAAGUAAACGGCGCUUCGCAGUCAGCCAGGAAACCUUCAAAUGGCAGCGUCAAAGAAGGCACCUCAGAGACCCCAUCAGCAAAGCAAGACCUUGAGGAGUUAGUAGCUUUAACUCCUCCUUCUCCUUUUAGAGACUCCAUUGAUUCUGGAAGUGCAUCUCCCAGCUCUCCAGUUUCUGAAUCAGCUCUCUGUAUCCCAUCCUCCCCAAAGUAUGACACCCUCCUCAUCAGAGAUUAUACUCAAAGUUCUUCUUCGCUGUGAAUGUAGUUCAAGAAAAUGUUGGAUCUCAACGACUACAAGCAAGUAGUGAGGGACAAGUCGAGCCUUCAAGAUCUCCAGUGUUUACUCAGAGUGAGAGGCGUUGGGUCAUCUUCUGAGAAACAGAGAGGAAGAAAUGGAGUUACUUGAUAAGUGGAAACAUCAGAUUAAUGAUGCUGUUUUAAAGACAAAAUGACUCUUGGCAGAUUAUCGUGGCCUUAAAAAAACAUGGGCUUUUCAGAAACACUGAAUCUAUUUUUGAGGGCUUAUAAGGAGUCUGUUAAAUCAGUUACAUACCAAGUGCUUUGCUUUAGUAUUACAAUGAACUGUGUGUACAAUAUAUAUGGGGAAGGGGGGAAAUUAGAUUGUAAACAACUGUACAAUGGUUUGUUUGUUUACUCUGAUUCCUUACCCAGAAGUGAACCUUGAUCUUUUAUCAAGAAUAGAAGACCAAACAUUGAAUGUACAUUUUCUAACAGACUCAAAGACUCAAAUCUGGGACCAACCUAUCAAGCUUUCUUUCUUUCUUUCUUUCUUUCUUUCUUUUUUUUUUUUUUUCUAUGAAGAUCUCAAAAAGCAGUAAUGUAUGUUCAAUAACUACCAAACAUUUUGCUGAAGCAUAUUGUGUCUGUGAUACGUUAUAUGUGGAUAACACUAAGCUGAAGCUUUGCAGUGAGUGACUGCAAUAUGGAGGGCUUUACAAGUGACUUCUCAACUACACGUUUGUUUAUGAAAUUCUCUUCUAUCAGUAUUGAAAAAAAUCAAUUUGUUAACAUUGGAUUCACCUUCACAGCAACAGAACCCAAGGAAGAUUUCCUGACUAUUUCACCAUGUUGCCAACUAAUAACGAAGUAGCAAAAAAUAUUUUCUGGAGUACUGUUUUGUAAUUCCCUUAUCAGGGCAAGUUGUUGUGGUGAAUAUUCUCUUUCUAGCAGCAUUACCAAGCUAUAUUAUAGCUGCACUCCCUACUGAAAUUAAUACAUUUUUAUGGACAUUCUUGUGCUAACAUUGCCAGUUAAAACACUUAUUCGGGCUCCCAUAGUCUUUGCUUGUAAGGAACAGGUAAACACUCUAAGGAUUUUCUCCAUCUUUUGAAUGACAGAAUUCUAAGAGACCAAUAUGGAUUAUGAUGAAUGUUAACUGCCAGUGGAAAUGUUGUCAUAAUCAUAAUUUAUAUGCAGAGAAAAAGCCUGUGUCAAAAUCUGCUUAGAGGUGGUUUAGCUACUCUUUAAUAAGCAAGAAUUUUAACUUUAUUUAGCUGCUGAUGCCUUGCAGCUAUGAACUGUGACAAAAAUAAAAUAAAAAAUAUUAAAAAAAAAAAAGACUUUCAAAGCAAUACAGAGUAAAGGUUAAAGGAGAAAAGACCUAAUGAGGUAUGAAUGAACAGAGUCCUAUUUUUUCCUAUAUGAAGGUAGUACAGUUUAGUGCACUUCAUACUGUCAUGACACUUUUUUGAUAAAGGCAGGAAAGGGAUUUAAAGUUUGAAUAGAAGCUAAAUAAUUUUUAUUAGGUGUAGUUAAGUAGAACUGGUAAGUCAGGCCCUAAACGCACACCGUAUUGGCUUCAUGACACUACUCCAUGACACAACUGUUCUCAGGUGCCAAACUUUUAUGGGUUUUAUUUUAAUUAAGGAUAGUAUGAAGUGGUGAGUAAUGUUCUCCAGUUCAUAGUUGAGUUGAUACAGCCUUAUACAGAAGACAGUUUCAUGGAAGGAAGCCUUUAAAUAAGGCUUCUUUGUUUCUUUUCAAAAUAUUUAGAACUUAUUUCUUCAAAAAUAUCAAUCAAAAUUCAUACACAUUUUCUCUCCCCAAAGUCCAAAAAAAAAAAAAAAACCACCACAAAUAUUUGAAAUAUUUGAUACCAAAAAAAAAAAAAAAGAUAAAAAAGCACAUUCACAUACUUUAGCAACAUUUUCUGUUCCUUUUAUAGUUAGUUUCGCCAUUAUGUGUUGCAUUCCAAUUUACUUCUCAACAACAUUAAAAAAAGGACUAGAUGAAUGAACCCAGGCUAACAGCUCAAAGACAUACCUUAAGGAUUCUGUACAUCCUGCACAAGGCAGUGUUAUCCAAUAUCUAGUGUAUGAGCAUGUUUAUUUUGCCAGGUACAGUCACUUUCUAGCUUUGCCUAUAGCAUGAACCAGCAGGUCACAACCCAGCUCUAUUCUGGAAUUCAGGUAGAUACAAGUUAUGAUUGUAGGUCCUUGUUCCUUACCUUAUUCUCUUUUCCUUGCACAAGUGAUUAACACAGAAUCAGUUCUGUGCAGCUGUGUAGUUUCCAAACCAGAGCUUGCUUUUGCCCUCCUGGUUCAGAGUACUAGCAUGUCUCACCAUUUGCUAGCUGCCCACAUCUUUAGGAGAAAGCAGUUUCAUAGGUUGCAACUCACAUUUAAGGAAAGGGCAUGCCCAAUCAGCCUAUUACACAAACAUUCUCAUAUAGGGAGUCUAGACCACUUAAAUGUUGUUCAUGGCAGAUUCAUAUGAUAAUGUAUGUUUCCAAUCAGCACUAUAUAUAUAUAUAUUUUAUAUAUAUGUGGACUGUGAUGAGAUAAUUAAUGUGAAUUUCAAAGGGAUUCUAAUUGUACACAUUCUCUUAUAAUUCAAGCUGUUCACUAAUGUCCUUACUACAUCCUUCUUCAGCCUGAACUUUACCUAACCUUAAAGAUCCUAAUUUCUGAAGUCUUCUCCUUUGUUGGUAGACACUUAUCCUACUAAAUGGAAAUAAGUGGGCUUCACUGCACUGUGAAAUAAUGAACAGUGGAAAUAAGGAUUAUACAGAGAGAUGUAAAAAAUAAAAAUAAAAAAUAAAAUAAAAUUAGUAAAAUGGAAUGAGAAAUAGAAGCUGUCAAACCAUGACACAGCAUAAAUAUACCUCUUAUGCUAACAAAUUGCAAUUCUGCACAAUCCUGGCCAUAGCUAUUGCUCAGAGAUUCUUGACAACUUUUGUCUGUAAUGCCAAGAAGAUAUAUUUAUGCAUGUAUGUGUGCAUAUAUAUAUAUGCACACAUACAAAACACUUAAUCUAAAGUCUGAGUGCGUAUUUUCAGAGAACCCUAGUGUUACACUACCAAAUUUCAAACACUUGCUUACUCUCACUUUUGGGAAGAGUUCUGUAUCUUUUGUAUAUUUAUCAGCCAGAGCAGAAAUUUUAAUUGCACAAGGAACCCAGGAUGGACCCUGCUGUAAUAGUACCUCUGUUAUCAGUCUAUACUUAAUGACUGUUAGGUCAGCAUUAGCUUCUUCUUAUGAAGAAGUCAGAAUGAAUUUUAAUUGUACACACUGGAAUGUGACAACUUUACUUUAAAAAUGUUUGGAUUUUGCCAAAGGAGGAAAAAUUUGUGGAGGAAGAAGAUAACAAUCAUUUAUUGAACAUAGCAGUAAUGUGCCCAGUAGGAGAUUUGCAAGACUGAAAACUCCUAUGAAAGAAACCGGUGGGUUUAAUACAAGAAAGAAGAAAAUUAUGAGUGACAGACAAUAUGAUUUCAUUAUGAUGUUUGUAUGCCACUCUCGUUUAAGGUUUUUCAUCCAUUAAAGCAUUAAAGUAAAGGUUACAAUCAUGAACACUUUCCAGUGUAACUAAAGAAUGAAAGAAUGUGCAAGUACCAGAUGAAUGGCUUGAAAUUGCCUUCCAUUUUAGUUCUGCUGCCAGAAAGGGAAUUAAAGAAGUUGAAAUUCUUGUCAUUCUUGACCACAGGAACCUCAGAAAAUCAUUUGUUUCUUUUGUGCUUGAUGCCAACCCUGAAGAUUGAAGGUGUAACCAUCUUUGGAAAUUAUGAUUCUGAAAUAUAUGUGAAUCAGUCUAGCAGGCCAGUUGGGAAGAAAUAUUAGCAAUACUAAAGAAGAUCUAUAUUUUUCAAUUGGCUCUGAAGAAUAAUUGCAUUAACUUUGGAGAUGUCCUUCCUUGUACUUCUAUCUGAACAUUUGAUGCCUAGACUCAUACACAUAUCUUAGACCAGAGAUUCUUAGAUCAUAGUCCGCAAAGCACUUGCUGAUGCAUCGUGGAAGUUUGAUUGAUCACAAAGUGAUGUUUUUUUUCCUUUGAUUUCCAGCUACAAAAAUGAAUUAAACGUUAAAUGUUAAUUAAAAAUUAACUGGUAAUAAUAAUAAUAAAAAGUUAGCUUGCUUGGAAGUUUAUUCAGUUGCUGGAUUUGCAAAAGGAAAGCAUUGUGAUCAAAGCUGGGAGAAUGUCUAAUCUCCAAAAAGACUAAAUGGGAGGGACAAUCUAUGAUUCAGACUCUGGGUGAUAGUAGAGUUCACUUGGGAAUGUUUUCUUUAGAGAGGACAAAACCAGAAAAACAAAGCUGUGGGUGUAAAUUCUGCAGAGGAAAGAGAGCAGCUUUGCUGUUUUGCUUAAUAAUUCAUUUAUGAAGUGAGAGGAAAGAAACAUGAAAGGGACAGACAGCAUACUGAAAAUAUUGGGUCCAAUUACUGGGCUGACCAGGACUGGGCUGACAGGACUUUGGUGCCUAAAGUCAGGAUUUCAGUGAAAUUUAGUACCUACCUUCAAGACUCAAUUUUAAAACCCCUGAUCAGCUGCCACCUCACUCAGGCAUCUAGCAUUGCAUCUCUGUAUAUUGUCAGAACUGCCCUCAUCUUGACACAUCUAAAGGUCUUUGAAUCUAACUCAAUGAAAAAUCCAUUAGAGAUCUAGAAAAUAGUGGUACCUAAAUUUAGAUUUCUGUAUAUCCCAUGAGUAAUUAUACAGAGUUUACAGAACAUAUGUCAACAGGAUUAUAAUCCCUAUAAAGAAGAAAUCUUCCUUUGUUUUAAGGUUGUGAAUGUGGUCAUGCUGCUGUUUAAUAGUCUUGAGAUUAGAGCACUCAGGCAGAAGGUGAGAGACCAAAACUGAGACCCUGCUAUUGUCAGAGAUGAUUGAAGUCUCCUCCCUGGUAGGAAAGUGCUCUAAUGACUCUGUGUCAGGGCACCCUCUGUUCAUCUCACUGAGGUAACUUCACAUUAAAGAAACACAUUCAAGAGUUCCAGAGUAGAAAAAGAAGAGUUACUCUGCAUGCUGAUAGAACAAUUGGUAUCGUUAGGGAUGGUAUGACCAUUUAAUAUAAAAUACUUUUAAAAUCUUGGAAGCAGGGACUAGGUGAGUAUUUUAACUCAAAAGAAGUGGAGCCAACAUUUUUUUCUGAGCUAUAGAUUGGCUCAAAAAUUACUUAAAUCUUCCCUGCAAAGUGCUUUAGGGACAGGAAGGGGGGAUAUACCCUUCCUUACCUCUGUGUCUGCAACCGUCUUGUCUUCCACCUGGAGUUCUGAGCCCUCUCCAUGUGAAGAGAGAGUCUGAAUCUUAUUUUAUGGGUGUAGGAAUUAAUCUUGGGGUUCCUGUUUCUUCUCUAAAACUGCAGAAAAGGAAAAGAAGAAAGAAAGAGAAAGAACAAUAACAAAAAACAAAGAGCUCAUUUGAUUUUCCUCCAGCCACCUUUUACAAAGGCAACCCAUGUCUUAACAAAAACUAUACCCAUCUGCAGAAAUGGGUAUUUUAUGUACAUUGCAUUUUGAUAUGGUUUGUGUAGAUUCAUCUCAAGCAUCGCUUUCCUUGUUGCAUUGUUUUCUUGGGCACCAAGUUCUUCUUAUGAAUUUCACAGUAAGCAUAGACUUUUAACAAAAGGUUCUGGCCUCCACAUUAGAACCAGAUACAAUAAAAAAAUGGGUGUUAUAUUGCAUAACUUUAAGUGCUGAAGUCCUUUGCUGGCACUGGCCCUUAAACUUUUGAGGUCAAUGGAAUCACUCCAGAUUUAUAUCCAUGUAAAGAAAAUCUAUGAUUGAUAGUCAUGAGCCAAGUCUAAAUCUUGGCUAUUUUCUAGAGCAGAGAACAAAAAACACAGUUUGUUCUUCCCACUGUCUUUUGAACCAAGCAGCAGAUGUAUUUUAUUAGGCUCAUUCUCAAACCAACUUACUAGGCUUGGUGAACAGCACCUUCCCACUAUUCUUCUUAAGCAUUGCUACUGUAACAGGUAUCCCAGUGGGAAAACUGUAUCUGUCAAAAUUGUAUCUGUUAUCACAAAUCUGUUAUGGGAUGUGAGAUAAUAAUCCGCAAAAUAAGAAACAGGUCACAGUUUUCCUGCAGUUUCAUGAAUCUCAUGAAAGGAAGUCAAUACUCUCCAUGAACAACAAAAUCAUUCCUCUGCUACCCAUUUCAGUGUGCACUGAACAUAUUAAAUACUUCAGCUGAAUUAUCUGAAUUUACUUAUUUUGCCAUAGCUUAUUAUUAUAACCUCUGUUGAAACCUCUGCAAUUGCCACUUACAAUUUUAUACUGUGAAUAGGGAAAAAGAUACAGACCAGUGAAGCAUAAAGGUAAGUAAAAAAUUCAUCUAGAUGAUGAAUUGGUGUAUGUGGCUGGUUUUGUCUUAUCUGAGUAAUGACAGUUCAAACAAACAAUAAUCAUUAAGUCACUCUGAUCUGCCAAAUGGGAACAAAUAUACUAUGUAUAUUACAUGUACUAAUAGGAUUAUAUGGCAGCUGCUGGUGGUAUUUGUAGUUAGAAAUCUAUAUAGAAUAUAGAUGUUUUAGAGAGAUGGUGCCAAUUCUAAAAGAUUUGUGUGGGCUACAAGUGCUUGUAAUUAUUAUUAUUAUUUUUUAAUUUGCUAAUAACUUAUGAACAACCGGUUUCAAACAUUCUGUGAGCGUUUGUUCUUUUUUUUAUGUUGUUGCUGCUUAUACUAUUAAAACUAGAGAAUGUAAAGUUAUUAUUUUGAUGUGAACUGAAAAUGAUUUUUCAUAAAAUUUAACAUUUUUAUCAGCUUUGGUUUUGCUUUAUACCUGUACAAAUGUAAUUUAUUUUAGCAUUGAAAACCACAUUUGCCUGUUUCUCGAUUGUCUACAUCAUGUUAUAAUUGGUGUUUAUGUAGAGUCAGGUACUUUUUGAACAGUAUUAAAAAAAUCCUGUGAUAUGACUUAAA